UCCCGCGCAGUUCGUGGUUCUCGUGGUAUUCGCUAGAUGGCAGCACUUAUGCCUAGGAAAUAUGGCUGCUGUCAGAGAGGGUGAUACUUCCCUUUGGCUGCACAAUAAAUUGGGAACUUCCAAUGAUACUUGGGUCAGCGGUUCGAUAUGCUCCCAGUUAAACGCGGACGUAUUGAGAAACAUCAAAGAAUGCUUCGUCGAUCUCCAAGCUCAAGUCAAGCUGAAGCUUUUGCUGUCAUUCUUCCACAUCCCCAGGAAGAAUUUGGAUGAGUGGAAGACUGAGCUUGAAGAAAUCCUAGAAGUUGCUCAGGUUGACAGUGAUCCAUGGGUGGCUAUGAUUGCCGAGAUUAUGGCUCCCUUCCCCACCUCUGGGACUCUUGCUUCAAAUGUCCAAGAAUCUGAGGAGAACAGCAGGAUUUUCCAUGAACUCCUCAGUGAUAUUAGAAAAAUAGUUAGGGAAAAAAGCAGUGGAACAAAUCUCAUUCCAAAAGAAGCAAAGUUCCUCAACAAGAAUGUGGUGAUAUCCUUGUUUGGGGCUCCUCCUCAACCAGUCAGACAUUUUCAACUGAAGAGGAAGCCAAAGGCUGCUGCCCUAAGAGUAGAACUCUUGAGUAAAGCAACUGAAGUUGCUAACAAUUUGAAAAAGCAUGUUGUGCCAACUGUUCCUGUGAGAUCCAGAGCAAUGCCCAGGAAAAUGAAUGAUACAACUCCUCUGAAGGGAAUCCCAAGUGUAGGAAGAAGUGGCUUCAGGUCAAGUAGUCUCUCUGCUUUUGGGAGCUCCUUGUCAUCAAGGAGUAUCACACGUCCUCUUGCUGGCCACAAGGAAGGUGGAAUCAAGCUCCUUGACAUCAAUGAACAACCUAUAGGAUAUGGCCUUGGAGGAAAGAAGAGGAAGCGACCUCUUGAAUCAGAAGAGAAGAAGCCUCCAUCUACUGAAAGUCUGCCUGUUCCUACAACUCCAGACUAUGCCAGUGGACUCACGCCUUCAAACCCACCAACACCUGCACAGCCACCUCCUUCAGGCUUUUUAUCACCAGCAACUCCUCUGUCAACCCAUGUUUCCACCCACCCUUCAACUCCCUCAACUCCAGCCCCUGUUACAGGUGGCUUGAAGACACCUAGCCAUGUGGAAACAAGCAGUACCUACUUGCCUGAUGUGAGUCCUUCCUCAACACCAAAUACCACUCCACAGCUGCCAGUUUCACAUCUACAUGUGGAACAGUCUCAGCAGCAGCAACAACAAGUACCUGGCAUUCCUCAACAGACUGAGCAAGCAAGAUCAACCUUUGCCUCUCCUCAGUCAUUGCUCAGUGGGAAUACUGGCUCUUCCCAUCCCAAUGCUCAGAUGGUAUUGGGGACAACACCCCAGCAUCAGCAGCCACAAACCCAAGAGCAGUCACAAUCCCCAAGUCAGCCACAGUCACAAGAGCAGCAGCAAAACCAGCAACCAGUAUAUGCAGUAAUGAGACCAGUGCAGCCAACUUAUGUGCAGCAGUCACCACCUGUGCAAGCAGUUCAUGUAGUGAGACUGUCCACAACUCCUCAGCAGCCCUAUCAGCAGCCAGCACAGCCACAGCCCCUUCAGCAACAGCCUCAACAACUCCAAACACCUAAGAAGGGCUUGUCUCUGACUAGAGAACAAAUGCUGGAAGCGCAAGAAAUGUUUCGAACUGCCAACAGGGUCACUCGACCAGAAAAGGCCCUCAUUCUUGGAUUUAUGGCUGGUUCCAGAGAUAAUCCUUGUCCACACUUAGGUAACAUUGUGACGAUAAAGUUGAGUGAAGAUCAAGAGACAGUACAGCAGGGUGAUGGUGUUGUGAUCCCUAUGAUAGUUGAAACCCACUUCCAGAUGAACUAUAAUACUGGGGAAUGGAAGCGCAUCAAGAAGUUUCGGCGUCUUGAAUCUCAGAUUGCCAUGUAAUAAACUGGCCCCCCCCCCCCCGGCAUCCUUCAUGUUUGCCUUGGCAAAGAGCAGAGAAUUCAUUUUUGUUUAAGUUUUCUAUGCCUUAUGUCUUUCAUGAAGGAAGAAGUUCCAUCAUAAAGCUUGUUUUUUUCCUCAGUGCCACUUCAAAAUCGUUCAUAAUAAAACACAUGAUCUCAUUCUUCUCUCUCUUCCUG